AAAUAAUAUGGCACGAAAUAUAUUACGGUGCUAUAAUCAUAUACUCGAGUGGCCUUUUACGUUAUAUAAAAAUGACCGUUCUAAGAAUAUGAUAUAGUUUAUUUAAUUACAUUAAUAUAUGACAAUUAAAAAAAAACAGCAACAAUAAAAUAGUUCUUCCGACUAAUUAUAUUGGUACAUUUUGGCCUGAGCUCACUGAUGCAUAAUUAAUUUGACCUCGACUCACUUUUAAGUGUUUUGUUACGAUGCUGUUUAUACACUUGACUUAAAACGCUCAAUACAUAACAAAUGAUUACAGAUAACUUCCUAACAACCUGCUAAAUAAAGAAUGUAAUAUUGCCUACAAUGAAGGGUGUGAGUUAGUGUUUGACGACUCUAACAACCAUUGUAGUCCAGCGGCAUCAAAUGACUUCAAACUAUUUAAACCACAAGCUUGUUUCACUCAUAAAUCGAAAACCCCCGAAGAAACAAAUGGUGAGUUAAUGUUGGCCUUCAAAUAAUGGCGUAAUGACAAGAUGAAGCAUUCAGUCUAGUGUGAGUGUAAGUUUUUCUUUUUAGUUAUUUUGAGUAAAAAAAAUUAAGGGGAACAUUUUUUUUUUUUAAUUUUUGAACUGAUUAAAGUACCAGCAUGGACCACUAGAUGUUCCCCAAACCUGAAUUUAAGAAAGCAAGCAUUCAAGAGGGGCGGUUUAAAGGCCAUUAUAUCCAGCAGAUGGCGACAUUGUAUAGCCGUGACAUGAUGUGUAUAUUUCAACAAGUACUCUGUUUCACUAAGCUAUCAAGAACUUGUUAAAGUUCAGCAAAUAUCCUAACCAACCUCCCCAAUACCACCAUUUCCUUUCAUAUAUUGGAAAAAGCAGAAAAAAAUUAAUUCAUGUGAUGCACGCUGCCUUUAUUCCCAUAGCCUUUCCACCCCACAUCCUCCACACAACAAAAGCAUUGUAUUUCAGCGUCAUUACAUCAUAUUAAAAACACUACACACCAUUAAACUAAACUUGCAUGCUUCGCUUGACUUGUUUACGUCUCCUCUAUUUUGGUCUAGUGUGAUUCCUCUGGUACCUGGAGGAGCCCACCUUUGAUCCAGAAUAGCUGUGCUAAUAUAUAAAUGUGUUUGAACAGCGGAUAUGUGUUCAAGUCUGUGGUGUAUAAAUAUAUACAGAGAAAACUCACAGGUUAUUCCUUCCUCGGGGUACUAAUGUGGUUGGAUGUGUUACUUUCUCUCUAAACAUCGUUUUAUUCAUAAACAUGCCAAUGGAGAACGAUGGUGGUCCCCAAGGGGUUAUUUCACAGUAUUAGGAUUCAGUAAAAAGCACCAACAUCUGUGUUUAAGUAUCUGGCCUAAACGGAUGGAAACAAACUCUGUGCUACUGGAAGAAUAAAGGCAUAGUCUUCACUGUCGCACAAAAGACAUUGCACAGACAAGAUGUUAAUGUAAUGUCAAUGGACUCUUCUAAAUAACUCAAUGCAUGACAGAAGAGAAAAUAAAGACGUUUUGGACUGCGCUAUUUGUGGAAUGGGCCUUGGGAUUGGAGGCUCGGAGCCAUUUGGCUUGACUUGCUUUGAAGAUGGUUUUGUGGAGGGUUAAACCCGUACUCCUCCCUCUCUCUGAUGCCCGUCGCUCUUUCAUUCUGCCCAGGAAAGGCUGUACGUCACUGUGGGUGCACAUAUAAAAUAGUCUUUGGUUGUAUCUCGCCAUCUGCACUCUGCUUCUGUAGCACUGGACUGUAAUUCAUGUCAGUGAUGAGAGCAUUUUUAGCUCUUGUCCUGUAACGUGUUGGUUGCGACGUGUUGGUGUUUAAACCAGUGGAUCCCCAGGAUUUACGUCGCUGGCAUUUUUAAGUGCUGCUUGGCUUCUUGUUGCCAAACCAUGUGGACAUGGAUGUUUUCCUCACUGAUUGUUUGUGUUUUGUUGCCACACAUCAGUGGAUUCCAGCAAGAGGACACUCAAGCUGGUUGCAGCACAACUCCCAAUGACCUUGCGUUCAUCGUCGAUGGCUCCUCGAGCUUGGGUGUCCCUAAUUUUGAAACAGCCAAGCGUUGGCUCAUCAACAUCACCAGUGGCUUUGACGUGAGCACCAGGCACACUCAGGUAGCAGUUGUCCAGUACAGCGACACCCCUCGACUGGAGAUUCCUCUGGGAAAGCAUGAGAACAGCCAGGAACUCACUGAGGCCAUCUCCUCCAUCUCAUACCUGGGGGGCAACACACGGACCGGCCGCGCCAUCAAAUUCACCACAGACCACGUCUUCGGGAUGCCUAACCGCACACUUCAGUCUUCCAGAAACCGCAUUGCUGUGGUUCUCACCGAUGGGCGUUCGCAGGAUGACGUCGAGGAUGCUGCCAUGGAGGCCAGGGCACAGAAUAUUGUUCUGUUUGCAGUCGGUGUAGGAAAUGAGAUCACUAACACCGAGUUGGUGUCUGUGGCCAACAAGCCAUCUUCGACUUACGUGCUACACGUGGAGGAUUAUAAAUCCAUUGCCAGCAUAUGGGACCUGAUGGAGCAGAAACUGUGUGAGGAAUCGGUGUGUCCGACGCGGAUCCCCGGGACGGUGAAUGAUCAGAAGGGCUUUGAUUUAAUGAGCCUGAUGAAGAUCGAGCAGGUGGCUCAGAAGGUUCAGGGCUCUUUGAUAUCAGAGAGAGCGUCACAGCUCAGCCCUCGUAUGAAUAUCACUCACAACACCAGAGAGAUCUUUCCAGAAGGCCUUCCACCAGUUUUUGUGUUCGUGGCCACUCUGCGCUUGAAGAACCCAGCUCACUGGAUGAAGUUUGACCUGUUAAGAGUGUUAUCUCAGGACGGGGUUAAGCAGAUGGCGGUGACUGUGAACGGAGCAGACAAAUCAGUCACCUUCACCUGCACCAGCACUCUGAAGAAAGAGCAAAGCGUCAUAUUUAAUGACCGAGGCAUCAAGAGGCUCUUUGACACGGAUUGGCAUCAGCUGAAGUUCCUGGUGAAGCCCAAACGCAUCACUUGUUUCAUAGAUGGCACAUACGUGGAGGAGCAGCUUCUAGAUCCGGUUGUUCCCAUCUACAUUAACGGAAAGACUCAAGUCGCCAAGAAAAUUAAUAUUGAGACUACAGUACCUAUAAUGCUGCAGAAGUUACGGAUCUACUGUGACCCCCAGCAAAGCGAGCGUGAGACAGCAUGUGAAAUUUACUCAGUGGAUGAUGACAGGUGUCCUUCGGAUCGCUCUCCUGCUGUGGAAGGUUGCGAUUGUCCUAGUGGUAAACCUGGUCUGCCUGGUCUACCUGGGCCUAUGGGCUUCAGAGGUGAGAAAGGCAGAGAAGGGCCUCCUGGUCCUGAUGGUAAACCUGGGAAGCCAGGAGAAAAGGGAGCUUCUGGAGAGCUUGGUCGAGACGGACAAAAAGGUGAAGCAGGUGAACUGGGACAAAAGGGGGAGCGAGGGCUGGAAGGACCCAAAGGUGAAAUGGGACCACCAGGGCCACCAGGGCCUUCAGGACCAAUGGGCACUGGCUUUUCCAGAAUGGAUUUAGAUGACUUGGGAAUUCAAGGAAGUAAGGGAAUCCCAGGAGAACGAGGGGAAAUGGGACCACCUGGAAUACCUGGAAUGAAUGGUGAACCUGGGAAACCUGGUCUACCUGGACUUGCUGGUCCUAAGGGAGAGAAAGGAGGUGUUGGUGCGGCAGCUUCAGAUGGACAACCAGGAAUCCCUGGUAUGCGGGGGCUUCCUGGAGAGAUAGGCCCUGCAGGACCCCAAGGUGAGCGUGGGAUGCCAGGACCAGCAGGUUUUACUGGACCAACAGGACAGCAGGGACCCCUAGGCCCAAUUGGCCCACCAGGCAUAGAAGGUCCUCCAGGUCCAAAAGGGAAUUCUGGCUUUCGUGGACAGGAUGGGCUCCCUGGACCACCUGGUGCUAAAGGUUCAGAUGGAGAGCACGGCAUUCAAGGUCCCCCUGGCAUUAGAGGUCUACCAGGGUUUAAAGGUUAUAAGGGUGACUCAGGAUCUUCUGGGCCAAAGGGAAGUCAGGGUGAGAAAGGAAACCAAGGAGAACCCGGAAUCUCUGGAAAACAUGGUGAACCAGGCCUGAAAGGGAACAAAGGAGAGCCAGGAGUAGCAGGGGAGCCGGGUAGCAGAGGGACUGAUGGGAAAAAAGGAGAUGUGGGUCCAUCAGGGCCACCUGGAUCUCAAGGCUUUCCUGGUCUAGACGGUUUACCAGGGCAGCCAGGACUUCCAGGAUACCCAGGGAAACCAGGCAAAGCUCCUUCAGAAGAGCAGCUGAUGAAGAUCUGUGCCUCUGUGAUGCAGAGCCAGCUGCCACAGCUCCUGCAGGUCAUGGGCCAAAGCAGCUGCCAACACUGUGAAACCCAGCAAGGACCGCCAGGCGAUCCAGGUCCCCCAGGCCCAACUGGCCCAUCUGGACCCCCAGGGUAUCCCGGCAGGGCAGGGUCUACAGGAUAUCCAGGACCUCCAGGGAGGAGGGGACCUGAGGGGGUAAAAGGUGAUAUUGGCCCAGUGGGCUUGAAAGGUGCUAAAGGACAGGGUGAAAUGGGGUUGCCAGGUCCACCUGGUCAGGCAGGUUUGCAGGGCCCACGUGGCGAUGACGGUGAGGGAUAUCCUGGGCCUUCUGGGUUACCAGGGAAACCUGGCGCUCCUGGUACCCCAGGCAAACGGGGGCCUCCAGGACCCAUGGGGGUUUGUGACCUGUCCUCGUGUUAUCAAGCAUACGGUUUUCGGGAUGAUCCUUUCAGGAAAGGACCUAACUUUUAGCAUCAGGACAGUGGGAUCGUACUGAUUCUGUCCAGUCUUUUCUGUCUCAGAUGGACCUUUCUGGUGCUCAGCCUUGACCUCAAGAACUCAUAACCUCUAAAGAACGAAGAUCUUGACUUUAAAUAUGUGAUGUUUUUUUCUGUUUGAGAAUCUUGUGUUGAAUGUGUUAAAUCAGGAAGCCAUGUUUUUGAUUUAUUUCGAUGCAUGUCUUGGCUGCCCUUUUCACUAGGAACCCCAAAAAGCGGUCAGUUGAACUCUUGCAUUAUAUUCCAAGUUUUUUGAAGCCUUUGUGCAAGAAACAGACAAAAAAAUGUAUCAAUACUUGGUAAAAAUGCUUUCAAACGUCACGCAUGUUCACGUACUGUACAUACAUCUUUGAUUCUCCUGUGUUCUGUGACAAAUUUCAUUUUCUAUUUUUUGAUGAAUUGUUCCUUUGAAGAAAAAUUGCUAUACUGUGUCCACUGCACUGCCCUAGGCAAGCUACCUCUGUACAGGAUGUGAAGCAAUUACUACGGGCUAUACUUUGAACGUUUGUUCAAAUUUGACAAUACUUCUGCUCAAGGGCUAUUUGUUAGUUUUUAUAGGAACAUUUUUACUACUAUUGUUAUUAUUUAAUUAUACUUUUCAUUGUUUGAGAAUUUGUCUUGUAGGUUUUUAGCAGUAAUUUUAGUAGUGUAGUUUUGUCAUGUCUAUUUUUGACUGAAUAGAUUUGUGCAAAGAGCACCAAUUAACAUCUAUUUAUUAUUUAAUGUUUCCUGUUUAUAUUACUUUUCAUUAAUGCGCAUUUUUACUGAUCAUUUCAUUUGUGCAGCUGCCAUUUGGAAUU